UGGUGUGAAUUUCGUGCGAAACUAACGCAAAUCUCAAGCUCUGAAAAUGCGUUUGCCGGACAGGGAUUGGAAGAAAACUCUCGGCUGGUGUGUUGGGCUCUUUAUCUUCGGUAUUAUAUUUGGCUGGGUCUUAUUUCCGUCCCUGCUCAAAAAAGCCAUCCGAUCACAAACGGCGCUCAAACCGAACUCGAGGAUCCGCGGGAUGUGGAGUAACAUCCCAUUUCCUCUGGAUUUUCGCGUGUACCUCUUCAACGUGACAAACCCCAACGAAGUGAUGCAGGGCAGGAAACCGAAGUUGCAGGAAGUCGGCCCGUACUUCUUCCAGGAGAGGAAGACCAAGAUCAACAUGGUGGACCACGACGAUGUUGACAUGGUGUCCUUCAACGCCGUGGACACCUUUCACUUCGACCAGUCCAAGUCCGAGGGCCUCACAGGAGACGAGAUCAUCAUGUUCCCACACAUUUUCCUGCUUGCCAUGGCGGUGAGCGUGGCCAGGGACAAGGCUCCAAUGCUGCCGAUGGUCAAAGAGGCGAUCAACAUCAUAUUUCAUGAGCCGAAGACGGUCUUCUUCCCUGUUCGCGUGAUGGAUCUACUCUUCGAUGGGAUUGGAAUCGAUUGCACUUCUGAAGAAUUCGCAGCUAAAGCCGUCUGCACGGCACUCGAGACCGAACCCUCGAUUGACAAAUAUAACGAUACGACGUAUCUCUUCUCCAUUUUCGGCCCGAAAAAUGCAACUCCCACGAAGACUUUCACUGUCUACCGUGGCAUCAAGAACAUCCACGAUCUUGGGCGGGUGGUGAUGUACGAUGGCGAGGAGGAGAUGGAUCUGUACGACGACGAGCACUGCAACCAGUACAAGGGCACGGAGGGCACAAUUUUCCCGCCGUUCAUGACCAAGGAUCAGGGCGUGUGGGCCUACACGCCGGACAUCUGUCGCUCCAUGCCGGCCACAUACGAGCGGCCGUCCUCCUACGCCGGCAUCAAGACAUCCCGCUUCUCGCUGAGCUUCGGCGACCACAAGAAAGACGAGAGCCUGCACUGCUACUGCCGCGAUCCGCCUGACGGCUGUCCACCGUACGGAAUCGUAGACUUCUCACUGUGCCUCAACGGAGCUCCAAUGCUGGGCUCCAUGCCGCAUUUCUACGAUACCGACCCGGCGGUGCAGCAGAAGGUGCUCGGCCUCCAUCCGGACCCAGAGAAGCACAAGAUCUUCCUCGAGUUCGAGCUGUUCUCGGGAUCUCCGCUCGCGGCGGCCAAGCGUAUGCAAUUCAACAUCCAGUUCAUGCCCAUUCCCGAAAUUGAGUUCAUGAGCCGCCUGGACGAGUACAUUCACCCACUCUUCUGGGUGGAAGAGAGUGUGUACCUCAACAAAACGUUCACCAAUCAGGUGAAAUAUGGCCUCAUGCUUGUGAAGAAGAUAAACUGGCUCAUCCGGUGGGUUUGUGUGCUUAUCGGACUCUGCGGUGGGGGAACAGCCGGAUAUGUGCUCACCAAGGGAAAUCCUACAGCCACAACUAUGGUAACUCCCGUGGACGAAGACGAGAAGAAAGGAAAGACAACCGCCAACUUGCAGCUUCCGCCGGCGCAAAAUCCCGGUGCGGGCUUGAGUAAUUUUCAGAAGAACAUCACCGUGUCUACGAUAGAAAACCAGAUAGAACGCUACUGAGCG